GUGCCAGACCAAAAUGAAAUAGAAAGUGUCCCUAUCUGCAAAAAGAGUACCUUUUCAGGAAAGGUAACAUAAGACAACUGUCACAAAACUCAUUUUAGGCACAGUACCAAGUGAGUGGGAUAAACACUAGUGUUGUGUGAAUUUAGGAAUGGGAAAAAUCACUCUGACUUGGGAUGGCUGGGGAAAACUUCCUGGAGGAGUUGAGGCUUAUUUAAGAUCAUGUAGGAUGUAUGGUAAAUAUGGCUUCUCAUAUGUUAGAAAAAUGAGCAAAAUUGUGGAAUGGAAUGCAUUGUACAAAUAUGAUGGCCAAUGAGUAUACCAGAAUGACAGUCAACUUUGUGUAGGAGAGAAGAUGACAGGAAGGGAAUUGGGUCAGAUUGGGGAGGGUCGUUAGUGUUUUUCCCAAAACAUAUUCCUUAGAAAUACCCUGUUUCAGCAAGCACAGGCCAUAAAUAUUAGAGCUGGAAAAUCCUUUGUAGUUUUGUUGACACGAAGAGAGGACCUGCUGUACUGAUGAGCUCGUCUUUAUAUAUUACAUCCAUGGAUGCUAUUAACCUCAGUGUUUUCUGUAUAUUUCAGACAUUAGUCCCUUACCAUGGGGGAUUGGAAUUUAUUGGGUGGCAUCCUAGAGGAAGCUCACUCCCACUCAACCAUGAUGGGGAAAAUCUGGCUGACCAUCCUUUUCGUUUUCCGGAUGCUGAUACUAGGUGUAGCUGCUGAAGAUGUCUGGGAUGAUGAACAGUCAGCAUUUGCCUGCAACACCCAGCAGCCAGGUUGCAACACUGUCUGUUACGAUGAUGCUUUCCCUAUCUCUUUGGUCAGGUUCUGGGUUUUACAGAUCAUCUUUGUGUCUUCUCCCUCUCUGGUAUAUAUGGGCCAUGCACUUUAUAGCCUCAGGGCCUUUGAAAAAGAGACGAGGAGGAAAAAGUCACAGCUUACAGCCCAGAUGGAGAAUCCAGAGCUUGAAUUGGAGGAGCAGCAAAACAUAAAUAGAGAACUGAGGAAGUUGGAGGAGCAGAAGAAGAUCCAAAAAGUCCCUCUGAAAGGAUGUCUUCUGCGUACUUAUGUCUUACACAUCCUGACCAGAUCUGUGCUGGAAGUAGGGUUCAUGAUAGGCCAAUAUAUGCUCUAUGGGUUUCAAAUGCACCCCCUUUACAAAUGUACUCAACCUCCUUGCCCCAAUGCAGUGGAUUGCUUUGUGUCCAGGCCCACAGAGAAGACCAUUUUCAUGCUCUUUAUGCACAGCAUUGCAGCCGUCUCUUUGUUCCUCAACGUACUGGAAAUAUUUCAUCUGGGGGUCAGGAAAAUCAUGAGGGCACUUUAUGACAAAUCCGGCGGUGAGGGCAUUGAGGACGAAAGGGGACCUCCAUUUCAUUUGAAAAAAUAUUCAGCGGCCCAGCAGUGUAUGAAUUGCUCUCCCUUCCCUGAAGGAGUCUCUCUACUUCAAGCCAGCAAUCAACAGCAAGUCUUCCGAGUCAAUGUGCCAAAUUCUAAAACCACGUGGCAAAUCCCACAGCCCAGGCAACUUGAGGUAGACCCUUGCUGUAGUAAGAAAGACUGGGCUAAGGCGGAUCAGCACAGGGGACAGCUCCAUGUCCACAGCCCGUGUCCCUGGGAUGAUGGUGCUAGAAUUCAGCACUCGGCACAGCAACCAGACCGUUCUCCCUUUGGCUUGCAGACUACAACGCCCCAGUCCUGGCUAGAUACCACGAUGGCUCCUAGACAUUGUCCAUCACGUACAACAGGACCCUGGGAGCAGUCCCAGGACCUGCAACCCUCAGGGGAGGCUCUCACAGGUUUACACAGCCACUGCAGACACAGCGAUGGCAGCAUGAGAGAGAGCAGAGCCCAGACAGACAGAUCUUGCAUGGGCAGUCGCGAGGCCAGAUUGCUGUCUGAAAAGGGACAGCUGUACAGUGACUCAGUAAGCUCCAGUUCUCAAAAUAGCUCUUACCUGGACUUUCCGCACCGGGAAAACAGCCCCUCACUUCCGCCUUCAGCCACUGGGCACAGAACAUCAAUGAACAUGCUUCUAGAACUUUCAUCCAUUAUGAAAAAAUAAUGCAUCCUGGGACCAGAAAAAACAGACUCAGGAGCAGCUGGCAUCUGCGAGAUAGAAGUUGUAUGUUUGUCAGCUCAAACUGCAGGAGGAACUCUGAGAACCAUCCCCUCCAGAACCAUGAAUCAGGCAAUGUCUGUGUAUCGGGGGCUCCCAGCUGGGCUCCCUGACUGCUGGGCUCAGCCUCUCACUGCUCCGCUUGGCCAUGCUGCCUGAGGCCGAUCCAAUGCUCUCCACACACCAGGGAGGGCACUCUACCCCAUCAGAGAAAAUCUAGGGGCAAGAGCCGCCAUCCGAGGGGAGGAGAAGUGGAAUGUGCUACCAUCCCUACCAGUAGCUGACUCUGCAGCAGCAGCAGUUUGGACCCUUGAACGUGGUUCCAGAGCAGGCUGGGAGCUCUGCCUGCAGCCUGGGCUCAACACGCUUCCUGUCUGUACACCAGAGGCUGGAGGGAAGCUUUCUGUUUUCUUCCUCUCAUCAGCUCAUUUCUUGGGGAUGAAGCAGCUGGAUGUUCGUCCCUAGAUGCCAUUACAUAAAAUAUUGGUUACAGCACUGGCAAACACUCGCAUCACAUGACUUUAUCCUUCUGCUGGGAUCGUGGUCAGUAGUGAUGCCAUGACUGUGGGCCAGCAGGUGCUGGGGAAUCUCAUUCCCAACUUCCAGGGGAGUGACUGAAGCCAGCACCACUUCCUCACCCUCCCCACCCUCCCAGUGGUCCCGAGCCAUCCAGGAGAGGUGCAUCAAAACACUGAACACUUCUUAUAGAGCACAGAGGCAUGGAUGGCUGUGUGAUGUCCACUAACUAUCCAGUCGGUGAGGCUGGUUGGCUGGUCAUUACUGUCUGAGUUCUGAGAAUCAGGAAGGUGGACUCAAUUCCCAUGGAAGGAGCCACUUAGCCCUGUCCUCUGUCCCAUGGCCAGACUCUCCUAUCCCUGGCCACACACCUUGUAACAAAGGCUUCAAGUUAUUGGGAGAACCAGUUUGUUCCAAAGACACAAAGGUCUGCAUUAUCUAUAUCCUGCUGAGAUAAAAUCCAUACUCCUUAGCCUGGCACAUAAGGCCUUCGUGGGCUGACUCCUGCCUCAUGUUCAUUCCCUACCUCCUGUGCCCUAGCCGGGCUGCACUAUGAGUAAAGCAGAUUGCCUUCCCAUUGUGGGUGACCAGCAGCCAAUCUGUUGAGGGCCUGCAUAGAAUAAAAUGGUGGAAGAAGAGUGAAUUUGCUUUCUCCAUUUGAGAAGUGGAGUCUAAUUUCCAGCCCCUUCAAUCUGGGCUGGCUUUAGUGACUUGCUUGACCAUAGGAUUCAAGGACAGUGAUGUUCUAGGACUUCUAGGAUCUUGCAGUUUCUAUCCAGGCUCCUUCUUGGAGAUCUCUCUCUCUCUCUUCUCAACCCCAAGUUGCCAUGUAAGCAUUCCAGCUUACAGUUCCAGUUGAGCCCAGCCUUCCAGCCAUCCCUGCCAAGACACAAGACAUGUGAGUGAACCUAUCUUGAACCCUCCAGACCAGGCCAUCUACUAACUCAAUACCACUGAAUGCCCUCAAUCAGCAUCUCAUGGAAGAGAAGAAUUGCCGUCUGAGCCCUGCCCAAAUUCCUGAGCUCCCCAACUGUGAAAUAUUAUUAAUGGUUGAUGUUUUUAAGUCACUGUGUUUUAAGGUAAUAAUUUGUUACAAAGUUUUAGAUUACUGGAACAGUAAUGGUAAUGACAGAACAAAAUAAUGCAGAGUUUUAUUAAAAUUGUUACAUGAAAUAUGAGAAUGGAAGGCCAAAGGAGGACUUUUUUUUUUUUUAGAAAUUCAUCUCAAGUAGUCAUCACUUCACUACUCUUUUCAUUCUUUUUUUUUUUAAAUUAGUUUAUUUAUUUUUGGCAGCUUUGGGUCUUUGUUGCUGUGCACGGGCUUUCUCUAGUUGCAGCGAAGGGGCUACUCUUCGUUGAGGUAUGCAGCUUCUCAUUGCAGUGGCUUCUCUUGUUGCAGAGCAUGGGCUCUAGCAGUUGUGGCUCGUGGGCUUCAGCAGUUGUGGCUCCCAGGCUCUAGAGCGCAGGCUCAGUAGUUGUGGCACACGAGCUUAGUUGCUCCACGGCAUGUGGGAUCUUCCCGGACCAGGGCUCGAACCCGUGUCCCCUGCAUUGGCAGGCGGAUUCUUAAGCACUGAGCCACCGGGGAAGGCCUGGAGGACUUUAAUGUUUGAGGAACUUAAAUUAAUAAUCACUCCCAUUUAUAGAGUAUAGUAAUUAAAUUCCCUUCAAUAUUUUAAACUCCAUUUAUAAAUGUAAUGCAUUUGAUCUGUUUUUUAAACACUUCAUACUUGUAGGACAAACACAAAAUCCCUGACAAGUAAAACAUUCCUGAGUGUUACCGAGUCUAAGCUCGUACUGCUCACCAGACGACAGGCCAAUAAUUGAGAGAUGAGUUGUUGGGACAAGGAAUAACAACUUUAUUCGGAAAGCCAACAGACCGAGAAGAAGGUGGGCUCGUGCCCCAAAGAACCAUCUUGCCUGAGUUAGAAUUCAGGCUCCUUUUAUACUAGAAGGGGAGGCAGCAAAGUCAAACAUCUAGUUCCCAUCAGCCUCAGGAGGGAAUGUGUUAAUUUCUUCCUCUCUGCAGUCAUUCACAGGUGGGCCUGGUCAGGAUGUUUCCUGUGAUGGAAACAAAGGUAUUCUAGCUUAAUGCUCAUUACCUGGGAAGCAGGGUUCCCAGAGAUGGGCCAUUAUGUAUAAUUUAAGCUUAUAGGCAACAGCCCUUUAGUGAUUAACUUGUAAUAGAAUACAAAAGGUUCUUCCCUAUUACAUUAGUACCUAAACAUGUAGGAAUCCUCAAGUUUUCUCAAACAUUCUAAUACUUUUAACAACAUUGGUCAACUUCUCUUACUUUUCAACUUAAAAUCAGAGGCCUAUGAAUAUGGUGAACUUAUCUGCAUUUCAAAGUAAUAUAUCCACCUAGAACAGGAAAAAAAAAGAAAAAGAUCUAAUCCAGGGAAACUUGGAACACAGUACUUGGACUAUAUAUCUUUAGUUUAAAACAAAAAAGCAAAGAAACAAACAAAUUUUAAAAACCUGCAAACAAAUUGUAAUCUCCAUUUAGUAAGUUUGCUGUUUACAGUGGUAUGAAGGUAGCAAUUCUGAAAUUAUACUGUGUAUAUUGUAAAGCUGAGAAAUAUAUUGAUUAUUGUGGGAAACAGUUCUCACUAUGGGAAAAGGAUGAUACAAAUAUGGAAAGGAGGAAGACAAGGAGGGAUCCUGUGUUUUGGGGUUGGAUUAGAGAUAUCAGUAUGAACUUAUGAUUUGAAUAUGUAUGUCUAUAUACAUGCGUAUAUUAUAUAUAUUCAUAUUUACUUUCUCCUCUGAAAGGGCCUAGAAGAAGUGACACAGCAAUAACAAUGAGCAUUCAUACCAUACAGAUCUUGGUCUCUAAAUACUAUUCCUCAGUAAAAACUCUUUAGAAAUAUGGAUGAUCCAGGAGUGGGGCAAGAGGGAAAAAAGAUGAUCCUGAAAUACCUUGCUGUACCAGAAAGUAAAGAAGUGUUCACAGUAUGAUGGGGGAUAUGUGCAAGAGCAACUGCUUAUGGGUGAACCUGAAUAAUGGAACACUCUGAAAUUGUUUGCAAAAAAUUAUGAAUUGGUACAUUGUUCUGGGGGAAAAGUCCCUAGCUUUCAAUGGGCUAUUGAAAUUGGCCAUUGGGCAUUACCUUCCUUAUUGAUGAUUUAAUUCUAAAGAAAUGGCUCCCAGGUCCUUGAGGAAAAAUUCCUCAUUUGUGAAACUGGCAAGAAGCUUAUUUUAAAAGACUUACAUAUAUUUGAAAAGGAGAGUGAAAGGAAUUCUGAAAGAAAAGGGAGGGGUGGGACUUCCCUGGCGGUCCAGUGGUUAAGACUCCGCAUUUCCACUGCAGGAGGCAUGGGUUUGAUCCCUGGUCGGGGAACUAAGAUCCCACAAGCCGCCCCACAGCCCAAAAAAAAAAAAAAAAAAAAAAGCGAAAAGGAAGGGGUGAAUGCGGGGAAUUUCUUCCCUUAUUUUUCAACAGGGAGAAUAAGCCUCUUAAUUUGCAUUUGUUCCUACACAGUUUAUAAGUAGAUAGGGAAAUCAGAUAGUAUAUCAGUUUCUAAACAAAUAUAUUUAUUUUAUAAUUCACAUAAGUGAUUUAAUUAAGUAAAUUGCUCCCAGUUUUCUCAGUCACCUAAAUACCUGGAAGGAUUGACUAUUUAUUAAUUGCCUAUUAUAUGUGGGACAAAGUAAGUUGAGAUACAAAGAUGAAUAAGGCAGAUCCUGUGUUCCAGAGUUUUUAUUCACCCUGGGAGAUAGAUACAGAAUCAGAACUUUUAGAGAAAAACCAAGGCCUAGGAAGGUUAAGUCAUUUAACCCAGGUCACAGCGAGUUAAUGGAAAAAAGUGCAUCCUUAAUGACUCAGGUCUUUAGAUGCUGGUUCAGCACUCUCUGAACUUAACAUAAUACUUCUAAUGAUAUCCUAAUGAGGUGCCAGUAAUUUUUUUCUUAACUUUUUAAAAAAAUUAUUUAUUUUUUAUUUUUGGCUGCAUUGGGUCUUUGUUGUUGCUGCGCGCAGGCUUUCUCGUUGUGCUGAGUGGGGGCUACUCUCUGUUGCGGUGCAUGGGCUUCUCACUGCGGUGGCUUCUCUUGUUGCGGAGCACGGGCUCUAGGCAUGUGCGCUUCAGCAAUUGUGGCUGGCGGGCUCUAGAGUGCAGGCUCAGUCAUUGUGGCACACAGGCUUAGUUGCUCGGCGGCACGUGGGAUCUUCCCGGACCAGGGCUUGAACCCGUGUCCCGCAUUGGCAGGCGGAUUCUUAACCACUGCACCACCAGGGAAGUCCUGGUAGUUCUAUAUUUAGUUUUUCAAGGAACCGCCAUAUUGUUCUCCAUAGUGGCUGUAUCAAUUUACAUUCCCACCAACAGUGUAGUUUUAGUAAGGUUUGUAAUAGUUUCCUCUGAUGCUGUCUCCGGGCUGAUAAGGGUCUAAAGUGUUAUCUAGUGAUUAGCUUCUGUCUUUCCUGGUAGAGGUAGAAGAGGGGACACUUUUAUAAAUUAAUGGCAAAUAGGGGGAGGGCAGAGAGCUUUUGUAUAGGCAUACCUUGUUUUAUUGUGCUUCGCUUUAUUGUAUUUCACAGAUGCUGUGAUUUUUACAAAUUAAAGGUUUGUGGCAACCCUGCAUUGAACAAGUCUAUGAGCACCAUUUUUCCAACAGCAUUUGCUCACUUAGUGUCCCUGCGUCACAUUUUGGUAAUUUUCACAACAUUUCAAACUAUUUCAUUAUUACUAUAUUGUUACUAUAUUAUG